GUACAAGAAUUAGGGAUGACAAUAUGGAACUAGUAGGCAGUCAGUUUAAAACGAUGGAGAAGAAGCUAUAUUUUACCCAGUAGGUCAUUAAUGUGUGUGGAACUCAUUGCUACCAGCUGUUGUGGAUGCUGAGCGCUCAGUCAGAUUCAAAGAGGGCUUAGACAUGUGCUCGGAGGAAAGGGGCAUCAGCAGCUAUUGGGUAUGGGAGCGAGGGACACAGCCUCUGCAUCAGAGCUUCCUCGAGCUUAAAUGCUGCAGGCUGCAAGAGAGAGGAACAGUGGAAAAGACUGGUCAGACCCAGGUCACUCUCCCUUCUAGCAUCAGCGCUCUGCCACGGUGUGGCAAGAGACUGGGCAAGACAGACCUGUGGUCUGACCCAGUCCAUGGCAGUUUGUAUGUUCUCUAUGUUCUUACUACCCCGGCCUGUCCCCUCAGGUGCCAGCGCCAUGUUCUACCUGGCUGCAGCCGUGUCUGACUUCUACGUGCCAGCCUCGGAGAUGCCUGAGCACAAGAUCCAGUCCUCAGAGGGGCCUCUGCAGAUCACGAUGAAGAUGGUGCCAAAAAUGCUGUCUCCACUAGUCAAAGAAUGGGCCCCUGAAGCUUUUGUUAUUUCCUUUAAAUUGGAAACAGAUCCAGACAUCUUAAUUGAUAAAUCACUGAAGGCUUUAGAGAAGUAUCGGCAUCAGGUGGUGAUCGCAAAUAUCCUUGAGUCACGGAGAACCUCUGUUAUUGUUGUAACCAAAGACUCUCAGACUAAGUUAUCGCUUUCUGAUGAAGAAGUGGCACAAGGUGUGGAAAUAGAGGAGAAGAUAGUGAACCACCUUCAGGCUCAACACACAGCAUUUAUAGAGAAACAAAACUCUGGUGGGAAGGGAACUGUUUGUGCUAGGUCUGAAUCAUCAGAAGCAAACUGAAUUUGAGUAGGGGGACACUAAAACUGGAGGAAUUCUCUAGUACGGGUAAAUAGAGAAAAAGUAACCGAAGCACUGGAUAGGAGGAGAAAAGAGUACCGUCCAAUACUGUUUAACUUUCCCAUGAUUUCAUAAUGAUUAUAUGAAGUUCAUAUUUAAAAAAUACAUAUAUUGAAAUCAUUCCGAAAGAAUACUAUUGCUCCUGUUUGUGGAGAAGAAAGGAAAGUAUAUUUCCAUAGCCAUUUUCUUGUAUGGGGUUGGGUUCUGUAUAUGUGUGUAAAGGUUUCCCAGGAGCUGCUUUUUUUUAAGACCCCAUGUAGCUGCAGAUUUGUAAUCCGAGAAGGUACGAAGGAGCCCACCAGAAGAAAAGACCUGUCACUCCCAGCUGGAGAGGGUCACAGAGCUAGGAAUCAGCCAAACACAGGGCACAACAAAUGACAGAAUAGGGACAGGAGUGAUGAGUGUCAAAGGUGUACGGAGAAACAGCUGGGAACACCAAGCAGAGAGUUUUGGACAGCAUUUGGUGUGUAACAGGGAGUUCAAAGAGUCAUUGGAGACUGCUUAGAGGAACUUUGUCCCCAUGUAUCCAAGGGUUGAGGAAUAGAAGUAGGCCUCGCAGUUGUUGCAGAGAACUUUUCAUCCAGCUUCUUCCUUGGACACCAGUCAAUGAUUGGCCAUUUCAGUUGGUACCUGGAGGAAUUUGAAAACGAUACAUAUGACUUCAUGGAGCCGUGGGUAGGGAGGGCAGAGGCGUAUAGGAGGAAAGUGCACCAGAACCUCUUGGUAAGGUACCAGAGAAGCUGAGGAAAGGGCUACAACUUAACAUGCCAGUGGUAGCAGUGUGUCUUCCACUGCAGCAAAAAGGGGCAGAUAAGGGAGAGAUGGGUGGUCCACAACAUGUGGUAUCAGGGCAGGACAGAAAGGUAAGGAACACAGGUGCAUGGAGAAGGCCUUUAGGUAUGGUCUGGAGAGGGCUGGCUGGGGACUGUAGCUUACUUGGGUGGUGUGCUGGGGCAGCUGAAGGGGGAUUGACCUAGGUAGUAGUGGUCUACUGUCUGUCUUGAAAUCUGAGCCAUUUGGAUGUGCAACAAAGGCAUUGUAUGUGCUGUGGGAUUUGAUGGUCCUCACUUUGUAAAUGGCACUUCCAUGUCAUGAUUUAAAAUGUACAUGCUGAAAUACAUUCCUUAAUCUACCUUUUUAACUUGCAGUGAGGAAAGGUGGAAAUGGUUGGAUGGUAUUUGCAGCUGUCCCCACUGCUGAAUGUGAUGUGGAAAUUAAUUUAAAUGGUUCCCUUGAAACAGGGUUAAGGGAGGCUUUUUUUUUAAAAGGAAGUUGAAGGUAGUAUUCAGGUUAAGAGUUCUCUGCUCAUUCCAGGACUAUGAAAAAUUCCUGGGAGCAGUGGGCCUUUCAGGGAUAGGGGGCAGGGAUCACACACUGCUGUCAAAACACUGAACAUCUAAGGGCCAGCGCAUAUUUGUACUUGAGGGAGAUAAAUCUGAAGGGAGCAAGAGAGGCCGGGGGGCGGGGAGCAGCGUGAAAAUGGGACCAGGCUGAUCAGUUAGAAGGGUGGGAUGAGAUUUUGAAGAAAAAAGCAGAGGAGAAACCUCAGUGUCAGUGAAUCUGCAGAAGAGAUAGGGUCGUAGUUUGUAAAUCUGCUGUAAAGAAAAGUCAAAGAGCUGGGUUGGGGCAGGGACUUUUAAGCAAGAAGUCAAGAUGCCAAGAAGGGAUUGUGGGCUUUGGAACUAGAGGGUGGGGGAGUUGUGCGGCUGGCCAGUAAGUAGACAGAAUUGGCUGACUGACUGCCUGCCUGACUACAGUGUGAUAACAGCGUGAUGAGACUGACCCCACCUGUGGUCUGUGAUUGCUUGAGCCACCCAUGAAAUGCUCCUUUCUAAAUGAGAGCCACCAGGCUACCUUGUGCACCUACUUACAAGAAAGGCUGUAAAUGUUUGGCUGUGCUGCCUGUGGAUGUCUGGCUGUAGGGGGCUGGUUUUGCACACUCUCUGUGCCUUGGAAACUCCUAAGUAGAAUAUUGCAGUCAGUCAGCUGUGGGGGGUUCUUGAUGGAGUUGUCUGCCAUGCAUGCUCUGUGUAGUGUUGUGUUUUGAAAUGGUAUAUCUUAGCUCAUAGCAUGUUGUAUUGUGAACUUUCGGUCUGCAGGCUGAGGCCAGCUCGUCUGCUUGUGGGAUUUGUUGCACGUUUUGCAAGAAGUUAGUUAUUUGACUGAUGAGAGAAAUAAAGCUUCCUUAUGAUGAAACAAAA